CCCGCUCUCUCUGUCCCUAGGAAGCCCAGCAAAUCCAGCUCUCAUGCUGCCACCACCCAGGGCCACUCUGCCGACUCCAACCCAGAGAGAGAGUCCAGUGACAGCCGGAGCCCCACUGCAUCCUCCAAGAAGUCACCUCUGGAUGGCAAGAAAGAGAGGAGGGACUCUGCUGACUCCAGGUCCUCCACCACCUCAGCCACCUCCUCCUCUUCCUCCCCCCAGAAGAGGCUCUCGGGAGAGAGGAGAGCCUCUGUGGGCUCCAGCUCCUCUCCAGCUGCCACAGGGUCCCGGAGAAACUCCAGUGACAGCAAGGAGGAAAGAGCCAACAGCAGCAAGGGCAAACCAGAGACACCACGGACCCCCACCAGCCCCUCCUUCUCUCCCAGCCCCUGUUUCCUGGCCCCCUGUUACCUCACAGGGGAUUCCGUGCGGGACAAGUGCAUCGAGAUGCUGACGGCCGCGCUCCGUAUGGAUGAUGACUACAAGGAGUUCGGUGUCAACUGUGAGAAGAUGGCAUCGGAGAUUGAAGACCAUAUCUUCCAGGAGCUGAAGAGCACGGACAUGAAGUAUCGCAACCGGGUGCGGAGCAGGAUCAGCAACCUGAAGGACCCCAAGAACCCCGGGCUGAGGAGGAACGUGCUGUGUGGGGCCAUCGAGCCCUCCCUCAUCGCCCGCAUGACCGCCGAGGAGAUGGCCAGCGAUGAGCUGAAGCAGCUGCGGAAUGCCAUGACCCAGGAGGCCAUCCGGGAGCACCAGAUGGCCAAGACGGGCGGCACCGUCACCGACCUCUUCCAGUGCGGCAAGUGCAAGAAGAAGAACUGCACCUACAACCAGGUGCAGACACGCAGCGCCGACGAGCCCAUGACGACAUUCGUGCUGUGCAACGAGUGUGGGAACCGCUGGAAGUUCUGCUGACGGUGCCGUUGAUGGGGCUGGAGGGAACGUGGUGCGAGAUGAGAUGCUGUGGUGCCAUCACACGUGGAGAGGAGGGUGACAGGGUGGCACCAGUCCCUACACCCUGGCUCCCUGAUUCCUUGCACUGGGCUCCCUCAAACAUCCCAGGCAGCCAGGCUCCAGCAAAGUCUGUUUUGCUCGAGAAGGUCCCAGUGAAUUCAAUGGUUCCUCCCUGUAAAUCCCUUCCCUUUGCUCGGGUUGAGCUGGGAUCCCACUGGGAACAGACUCAUCCCUGGAUAGGGGGACUGGUAUGACCUGGCAGCGUGCCCUUCCCUGUGGGAAACCUGGACUUGGAUGAUUUGGGGCAGGAGGAAUGUCAUCCCAUGGAUGUGGGGCUGUGCCCGGGGUUGGGGAUGGGAGUGGGUCAGGUUUUAACCCAAACACCUUCUUCCUCACCUGAACACUCAGAGGGAGGACAUGGAGGGGAUGGGGUGGUUGCAGGGUGUCUGGAUGCUCUUGGGAUGCCACCGUGUCCCUCUAUUCUGAAACACAAGGACAAUCCAUCCUGGCUUGAGGGCACUGUGUCCCAGGGAAGAAGGAGGGAUGGCAGGGAGAGGAGUGAGGAAAAACCCUCCAGCCAAAGCAAUAAAGGUGUGAACUGUCUCUGA